AUGAAAUACGGGCAACAGUUGGAGCACGAGUCUGUUCCGGAAUGGAGCCUCCACAAUCUCGACUACAACUCUCUGAAACAUGAGAUCAAGGUACACACAGCGCGGGACCAGGCCACGGCCAUUGCUAUUCCGGGGCAUCAAGAUACCACCUUGAAGAAGUUUGAAGAUGGUCUCUACGACGAACUAUGCCGUCAGCAUGAUCGGGUUGAUCUCUUCGUCACUAGUAAGGCGGACGAAGUUUCGAGGAGAUUAGAGCAUCUUGCCACUAAGAUUGAGUGCGUGCUUGCCAAGAGCGCUGGUACGAACGACUCGACCAAGUCGUUGAAACGACAACGAAGGUUGGCCAGGUACGAACGGGAACUAUUACGCUGUGGCGAGGAAAUCUAUGCCGUGUCACGGUUUGCCAAUGCCCAAGUAGUCGCCUUCCGAAAGAUACUUAAGAAGUACAAGAAGUGGACGGGCUCGACGACGCUGUCUGCUCGCUUCAACGAAAAUAUUCUUGGCGACCCCAAGAGCUUCACAAAACGCACAUUCGAGCACCUCCGCAGCCGACAUGAUGAGAUACUCUCUACUCUAUUGGCGGAGACGCCCCACUUCAGCGAGCCUAGUUCACCUGAAUCCCAUGAGCAUGUGGCGCCAAAAUCAGCUUCACCUGGACAGAGUCGUCAUCGGCAUGUAGAGUUCGAACCGCUUCCUCCUGCAAGUACUGACUCGCCAGUCAAGUACUGGAACGAGUAUGAUGAUGGCAGCGAAGCAGGAGAGCCUGAAGAAUAUGCCAUUUACAUCGAUCCUGAAGAGGAUACUGGAUUCCCCGGCGUUGCCUAUGUGAAUGCCAUGCUGUCGUUGCCGUACAAGAAAGCAAAGCGAUGGUUCAAAUCCAGGCGGGGCGGCCACGAAAACCAACCCCUUCUCGCUUCAGAGGUGGGUAGCCAAGGAAGUAUGGGAUACGCAUCCACAGUCGUCAAUACGGAUUCAGAGGAGGAAGGAUAUGCUAGCUCGGAUGGAUAUCCUCAACUUGGCUAUGCUACGCAUUACGCCCUUCCGAGCAUCAGUGAGCAGAAGGUUCAAAGGUGUAGAGAACAUUCACUCGUGUGGGGCACUCUUGGUUGCUUUGUAGUAUCGUUUGCACUACUUGGCAUCGCCAGUUUGCUGAUACUCACGGGGAAACGAAAACUCCGUGUUGAAGUUGAUGCCGGUGUGACGGUGGGCGUCAUGAUCAGCCUGUUUUGCGCCGGGUCAGGACUUGGCAUGACGCUAUAUCGCCGAGACCCGCUGUCGAUCCCCUACAAACUGAUGGUGUCGAGUGCGUUUGUUGCGUCGUGUAUUCUGAACGGCAUGCUUCUUGUUUUGGUCAUGGGCAACGCGUCCUGA